AUGAAAGAGAAACAUAAAUCAGCCACACCACCUAGUGAUGAAAGAGAAGAUGAUGUGUCCAUAACACCACCACAUCCACCAAUGAAACCCAGAACAAGACGAGGUGCUGUUAGUGCUGAAGUUUAUAAAGAAGAAGAUGCAGCUCAAUAUGUUAAAAAGGUUGUGCCUAAAGAUUAUAAAACUAUGGCUGCAUUGUCGAAGGCUAUAUCCAAGAAUGUUUUAUUUGCUCAUUUAGAUGAUAAUGAAAGAAGUGAUAUUUUUGAUGCUAUGUUCCCUGUACACAGACACGCUGGCGAAGUCAUAAUACAACAAGGUGAUGAAGGAGAUAAUUUCUAUGUAAUAGAUCAGGGUGAUGUUGAUAUAUAUGUAAAUAAUGACCAUGUAUCAACUAUUGGUGAAGGAGCUAGUUUUGGUGAAUUAGCUUUAAUUUAUGGAACACCUAGAGCAGCUACCGUUAAAGCCAAAAAUGAUGUAAAGUUAUGGGGUAUAGAUAGAGACAGUUACAGACGUAUUCUUAUGGGUAGCACAAUAAGGAAAAGAAAAAUGUAUGAAGAGUUCUUGACUAAAGUUUCAAUUCUUGAGAAUCUAGAUAAAUGGGAAAGAUUAACAGUGUCUGAUGCGUUAGAACCUGUUCAAUUUGAAGAAGGUCAGGUUAUAGUAACACAGGGUGAACCUGGAGAAGAUUUCUUUAUCAUAUUAGAAGGUACUGCAGCUGUUUUACAAAGAAGAUCUGAAAAUGAGGAACCAGUUGAAGUGGGCCGAUUAGGAACCUCUGAUUAUUUUGGAGAAAUAGCACUUUUACUAGAUAGACCCAGGGCAGCCACAGUGGUAGCUAGAAGUCAAUUAAAAUGUGUCAAGUUAGAUCGAGCCAGGUUUGAACGUGUAUUGGGUCCGUGCGGUGAUAUAUUAAAAAGAAAUAUCUCUCAGUAUAAUAGUUAUGUAUCAUUGUCUGUGUGA